AUGAGAGUUCCUAGUCUGUUGUUCCUAUCGUUGCUGCUGGGCAGCUGUUUGGCAUUAAGCGAAGCGAUUCUGGCGCCACUGCUGAAGGGCCUGAAGAAAGGACAUGCUCCCAGUGUUGGAGUGUAUGUCACCAAGAGCUAUGGUGGAGGCUAUGGCGGUGGCUACAACACCGGUUAUGGCGGAGGAUACAACACAGGGUAUGGCGGAGGAUACAACACAGGGUAUGGCGGAGGAUACAACACAGGAUAUGGCGGAGGAUACAACGCCGGCUAUGGCGGAGGAUAUGGCGGCGGAUAUAGUGCAGGGUAUGGUGGAGGAUAUGGCGAUGGAUACAAUGGGGGAUAUGGUGGAUCUGGCUAUGCCGGCAACUAUGGCUAUGGCAAGUAUAAGAGCUAUGGCUAUUCAUCUCCCCAUCGCAACUAUGGCCAUCGUCGCCCAAGUAGCCAACGCACAGGACGCACCUUUUCCCAAAUAAAGCGUAUCGUCACUCCGGAUCCAUAUCCCUACAUAUUUGGAGGCCGUUUCUUGCCCGGCAAAGGGCCGCUGGGCUGA